GGGCGGGCGACGGGGGCGGGCGACGGGGGCGGGCGACGCGGGCCGCGGCACGGGCGGAGCCGGGGCCAUGGAGCCGCAGCUGCCGGGCUAGGCAGGUCCUGCCCCGCCGGGCCGGCGGCGAUGUCGGGCUACCCGCGCCGCCUGGGCGCCACCCCGCUGUCCCGAGCCCGGAGCCUCGCCAUUCCCGACGCUCCAGCGUUCUAUGAGCGCCGGUCUUGUCUCCCCCAGCUAAAUUGUGAGCGCCCCCAUGGCAGGGACCUGGACUCCCCCUUCUUCGGCAUUCGGCCGGCCUUUAUGUGCUAUGUGCCCAGCCCGGUGCUGGCUUCCGUGGGAGACACAGAUUUUGGCUAUGGAAAGGGGAAAUGUUCUAAGCAGAGCCCGUCAGGAGCCCACGGGACACAUUUUGGAGAUGACAGAUUUGAAGAUCUUGAAGAGGCAAAUCCAUUCUCCUUUAAAGAGUUUCUGAAGACCAAGAACCUCGGCCUGUCGAAAGACGAUCCGGCCAGCAAAAUUUAUGCAAAGGAAGCCUCGAGGCAUUCCCUGGGACUUGACCACAACUCCCCACCCUCCCAAACCGGGGGGUAUGGCCUGGAGUAUCAGCAGCCAUUUUUCGAGGACCCGACAGGGGCCAGUGACCUCCUGGAUGAGGAGGAGGAUGAGGACAUCAGAUGGAGUGGGGCCUACCUGCCGUCCGCCAUCGAGCAGACUCACCCCGAGAGGGUCCCUGCCGGCACGUCGCCCUGCAGCACAUACCUUUCCUUUUUCUCCACCCCGUCGGAGCUGGCAGGGCCUGAGUCUCUGCCCUCAUGGGCGUUGAGUGACACUGAUUCUCGCGUGUCUCCGGCCUCUCCGGCAGGGAGUCCUAGCGCAGACUUUGCGGCUCAUGGAGAGUCUCUGGGAGACAGGCACCUGCGGACGCUGCAGAUAAGUUACGACGCACUGAAAGAUGAAAAUUCUAAGCUGAGAAGAAAGCUGAAUGAGGUUCAGAGCUUCUCUGAAGCUCAAACAGAAAUGGUGAGGACACUUGAGCGGAAAUUAGAAGCAAAAAUGAUCAAGGAGGAAAGCGACUACCACGACCUGGAGUCGGUGGUUCAGCAGGUGGAGCAGAACCUGGAGCUGAUGACCAAACGGGCUGUAAAGGCAGAAAACCACAUCGUGAAACUGAAACAGGAAAUCAGUUUGCUCCAGGCGCAGGUCUCCAACUUCCAGCGAGAGAAUGAAGCCCUGCGGUGUGGCCAGGGCGCCAGCCUGACCGUGGCGAAGCAGAAUGCCGACGUGGCCCUGCAGAACCUCCGGGUGGUCAUGAACAGUGCACAGGCUUCCAUCAAGCAACUGGUUUCCGGAGCUGAGACACUGAAUCUUGUUGCCGAAAUCCUUAAAUCUAUAGACAGAAUUUCUGAAAUUAAAGACGAGGAGGAAGACUCUUGAGGACCCCUGGGUGUUCUCAGCAUGAAGCUCCGUGUAUACCCUGAGGUCACCACCGCUCGAUCUGAAUGUGCAGUUGUGUCCUUAAAUAUGCAGUCUUCACCCAGAGUAAAGUGUUGAUCGCAAGAGUCCAGUGUCGUGCCCUCAGCCAGUUCUUGGCCACCGCAAUGGGAGCAGCCCUGGCCGAGUUGUCUCUGUGGUUUCUAUGCAGCCCUUCUUGGCGAAAUUCCUGCGAUCUUAUAGAUUCUAAUGAGCUCUUGGAAGACAUUGUCAUAAAAGCCAGUGAUUUUAAGAAAAAGAGCGGUUCUGGAAUCAGUGUUUUCCAGUCGCAUCCCAGAACAUCAGUUGUAAGAUAAGUACAAUUGGUUGUCCUUGAUUUCAUAAGUAGAACAAACACUAAAUGUGCCUCUGAGAUGGCCACCCUGGGCAAGGGACCUGUGCCUUCCGCCGACGCUCAGGGCUCCCUCUGGCUCCCAGGUCACUCUUGUGGCCCCAGUGGGUGGUCCCUGCAGUCAUGGCCUGAGUGCGCAGGGGCCACCGCGUGGCUGCUGCUGUCCUCCUCCGGGACCCACGGGGACCAAGGUCACACAUUCUGUGCUGUGAAGCUGUCCAGAUGUGCCUCUUUGGCUGGGGGUUCUGGUGGACGUUUCAAGUGGCAUUUUGUACAAUGCAGGUUAGAAUUCAGGAAUUUCAAGUAUGUGCCCGGGUCUGUCAGGUCCCAGCUGCCUUUCUGACGGCCCCCCUCAGAGGGACGGCGACCAGCACUAAAUGCUUUUUUGACUAUUUUCCUAUAGAUUUUUUUUUAAACUUUUUUUUCCUCCUGUUCCAAUUGAUAGCUUUCUUAUUUAAUAAAUUCUGUAGUUCACC